UCACCACGUUGUAAUCGCGCCCACGCUCGCGACUUGCAGCUGGAUCGCAAACGAGGCACCGCUCCCACCGUUCGAGUAAUAUUCUUGCUCGACAUGGCCGCCACAAAUGGCAAUCUCGCGCCAUCUGAUGCUGCGAUCGCGACUCCACUAUCACCAUCUGGUCUCAAGAGAAAGCGCUCUGAAAGUGCAACAGGACAGCAGAAUGGCGACUCAGUAACACCCUCAAAGCCAGUACCCGAGAGCUCCGAGAAAGAAAACUUCUUUUCUGUACAGAAAGCAGUGCUCGGGAUCCUGGAGAGCUACGACACCAAGCCUUCUCUGCUAGAGCAACCCAUCCCAGACGUACAACAUACCUCAUCUGCAGAACAUACAGCAAAACGUACAAAGACCUCCGACGAGCCCCAAGCGAGAAGCAUUAAGGACAAACUUCAAAAUGGUUCAUACAUGUCAUUCGAGCCACUGCUUGCUGAUGUCGAAAUCGCCAGCACUCAUCUGUUGUCGACAAGCAAGAUUGGUAGUGACGACGGCUCUGUACAAUCUUACAAGCCGCCUUCACUAGCCGAGACACGCCUCAUAACAGGAAUAUAUGCUCUGAAGAAGGUCCUCAGGAAUCAAGUGCUACGUGAAGUAUCUCAGCGGACCUCGAAGCUUGAGGACUCGGGCAAAGACUCAGGAGCGAAGGUGAAUGGAGAUGCCGUCAAGUCACCAACGGAAGUAACUGGGACAGAAUGUCGCGUAGCAACUAGUAAGAAAGUGCUGACUAUGUUUGCGAACGCCCAGGGACCCAAGACUCUGUUUUCCAGUCUUCAACAGCCUGCACAUGUCGAGACUUCUAACAAGAAUCCCACCGGCUUUAGUACAUCUAUCGAUGUCACGUUGCCAAUGAAUGAUGGCGCUGGUUUACCUGGUAUGAUCAGAAUCACAGAGGCUGUACCUGUUCAAUGCGCCUCUAAACGCACUCCUACAAUCGGGGAGCUAUUUGCACCACCAGCCACAGUUCCACAAUUGAGCCCUCCGAAACCCGCGAAACCAUUGACAACUAAAGGAUCUGUUGUCACGUGGGUUGCAGAAGACUCUCUCUCAAAGUCACAUCGAAAAGGAAAGACAUACUUUUCCGAGCCACUAGCCACCGGCCAAUGGCUGGGAUAUGGUGGUGUUGAUUCUUCAGAAGAGCCUACAACACUAGAGGCCAAGGCGAAACAUCGCCAGCGCGCGUUGAGUACUGGCGCAGCCCGGCCUCCAGUACCAGCCGCAGCUGUCGCCGCCUUACAACAAGCCAGAGACGAUGCUCUUUUCCGCAGUGCGUUUUCGAGCUUCGCACCAAGCCAUGACGAUACUGUGGCAAUAGUUCCAUCGAGCAUCAAGAACAGAGUCUGGUGGCACAAAAUUGGCUCCAAAACGGUCCAAGAGGAAGUGCCCGUCGAUCCGGCCUUGUACGAGCAAGCUGUUGAGGACGAUGCCAUGGAGGAUGCUCCUGCUGUCGAUACUGAGGCAGAAGAAGAAGUAUUUAAACAGGUUGUCGAGCACUAUGAGGAAGAAGAUCUUGAGGCCGCCUUAGGUCUGCGAUCGAAGGAGGACAAAGAAGUCGACGAAGUGCUGAAAGAGAUAUCCGAGCUGAUCGAGACCCUCCACUCGUAUCAGCGUAUCCGCAAUUCUACGUUGGCGGGAAAUCUACGAACGCCAGUCACUUCAAGCGCACCUGUGCUCAAUGGCACUCCGUCCAGUCCGUCAUCCGCAGAAGUUGACAUAUAUAAGAUCUUGAGGUCUCAGCUAUCGCUUCUCGUCUCUUCAUUGCCUCCGUACGCCGUUGCGAAACUCAACGGCGAACAGCUCGCAGCGCUCAACAUCAGCCGCAACAUGGUAGUCGAGACUAAGACAUACGAGGGAGUCUUGGAAGAGGAUCAGGUUUCCAGACUAGCAAAGUCAACGUCCCUCGGGGCCACACCAAGCAAAGCUGUCGGUGUCACCCCUAACCAUUCUACUCCGUUCUCUUCAUACGGUAGAGUCCCUCCAGCGACGUCACAUGGCCAUUCUUCACGCCCGUCCACCUACUUCCAACCACAGCAAUCUCAAAACGCUCACCGUCCCUCCUAUGCUCCGACACCAUCGUUCUUCUCAGGUCAGCGGCCCCCAUACACGCCACAACCUCCUCGCGGUGGCUAUGCCCAGCAGACAUACUACCAAGGCCAACCUCGUCCUCCCCCUGGCUACCAAGUCCAGGCCACAACAUACUACAAUUCUCCUGCCGUACCCCAGGCUCAGCACCGUGGUGGCUACACGCCCCAACCGCACGCAUACACCGCCCGUCCACAGCCCGUCGCACCCAUGUAUCCGCCUGCCGCGCAUAGCCCGCAUACACGGACUGCAUCGCCCCUGAAGCCCACUCCAACCCCGACCCCAAUGUAUCCGCAACAAAGUCCGUCACGCCCAGGGUCGUAUACCCCGGGACCGCCGCGUCCAAGCUCUUCGAGCUUCCACCCCCAGCAGCAAGGAAGUGGCGCACCGAACGAGAUUGGCCCGAGUGGGUUUCACAGUAGCAUGACUGGCGAGCAGCAGCAGAGUAUGGUGGAUCGACAUCGUGCAAAUCUAGCAAACGGAGGACGGGCAACGCCAGUCGCGGCGGAGAGCAGGGCGGGAAGCGGAACUCCAGGUGUGGAGAGGGAGAGUGGUACGCCAAUGUCUACAUGAGAAAGGAGGCAAAGUGUCGUUACAUCCGCAAAAGGGAACAUGGGAUUUGGGAUUUGAUUUGCACUGAAUGAGUGGCGUUUCGGGUGUAAACUAUCAAAAUACCCGUCAAGAGCAACUGCGUUUGCUAGUACGGUGUCUUCGUUUCUUGUUUGAGUGGAACUGGAGAGC